UUUUGAAUUUUCUCAACAGAUAACGAACACUUUGUCAAUUUAAAACUACAGCAAACACCAAAAUUAAUUGACGAUUCAUUUGUAUUCAUACGACGCUAUGCCAAUUCAUCGCAACUAAUAGAGAAUUCACAUAAAUUAGUGACUAGAUUGGAGAAAUGUUUCUAUCACAAUGAAAACUCAGCACUUGACCUUUGCGAUGAGGAAAAUGUGCGUGGUGUUUUCCAUCACAAUAAUACCGAUUUUAUUAUACAUCCUUUACCCGAAAGAUUCGGUAAUAAUUCUCAUAUUAUUUUGGAAUCUGAAAGAGAGGUUUUCGAUACCUCUUGGCGAAAUUCUACACUGCUAGAUGAAAAUAUACAAUUUGAACCGGAUGAAGAGGAUUUUAAUGAUUUAAAUUUAGAAUUACCCAGCAAUGAUGAAAUGGCUACCAUGAGAUCCACCAGAAAUAUUGAAAGAGAUUCGGAAUAUAGCAGUAGUAUACAUCACAAAACACAUCAUCAUCAACAUCAGUUACCCCUUAAUUUACGCUUUAAACCCAGACAUCAUCAUCAGCAUAAUCAUCAACAACAACAGCAUCAUUAUCAUCACAAAACAUCCUCAGCUAGAGGUCAUCACAAGCAUCACCAUUUAUAUCCCGAAGAAUCUCAGUCUUUUAAACGCUACAAACGCUAUAUACACUCUGCCAGUCAAUACUCUAAUAUUCCUGAUGUUUUACACAUUGAAACGGCCAUUUUUGUGGAUAUAGAUUUAUACAAACAUAUGGCGAAAAACUUUCCCAAAGACACCAGUUCACAUUUGAUACGUUUCGUUUUGGCCAUGAUCAAUGGUGUUCAAUUGUUGUAUCAUCAUCCUUCAUUGGGUAAACGUGUGAAUUUUGUUUUGAAACGUUUGGAAAUUUUAGAAAAAGAUCCUCCAGAAUUGCGAAGAUCUAGUGAUAUUGAUAUAUAUUUAAGUAAUUUUUGUAAAUGGCAAAAUGAUUUAAAUCCCUCAGAGCAUACGGGUUUAAGAUUUGAUCAUGCAGUUAUAUUGACAGGUCUUGAUUUGUAUGUGGUGGGUAAAAAUGGUAAAGUGAUCAGUCAAGUUGUUGGUCUCGCACCAGUGGCUGGCAUGUGUAUACCAACAUCAUCGUGCACCAUCAAUGAGGGCAAACACUUUGAAAGUGUUUUUGUUGUGGCCCAUGAAAUUGGACAUAAUUUAGGUAUGCGUCACGAUACAAUGGAACAGAGCUGUGAUCCCACAUCACAUAUAAUGUCACCCACAUUGGGGAGUGGUAAAAUAACCUGGUCACAGUGUUCGAGAGCAUCGUUAAAUAAAUUUUUGGAAUUAAAACAGGCCAAAUGUUUGUUUAAUGUGGGUGAGUUUAAACAUAAUCUGGAUCAUUCGGCUGAUGGUAUAUUGCCAGGAGAACGUUUCGAUGCCAAUCAUCAGUGUAUGUUGAAAUAUGGCAAAGACUCUAAUCGAGCCAAAAGUCAAUCUUUAGCUGAUAUAUGUCGAGAUUUACAUUGUCAAAGAGAUCGUUAUACUUGGACCUCACAUCCGGCUUUAGAAGGAACCUCUUGUGGGGAUAAUAAUUGGUGCCGCAGUGGUUUUUGUGUGGUUAAACGUCCCGAGACUUUGACAUCAGCCAAACAAACUGCCGGACUAGCUAAAGCUAAUUUCGAUAAAACUAGCUUUUUGGAAACCUCUAAAGUGGGACAUUUAUUGCAUGAAUACCAAAAGCCCUCUAGCAGCUGGAGUGAAUGGAGUGAACCCAGCGCCUGUGAUUCCAGUUGUCUUUAUGGUCCUUCGAAACGUUUGCGUGAAGGUAGUACGGGCCUUAAAAUACUCACCCGCAAAUGCAUAGACUAUAAAAGACGUUGCAUUGGUAGAGAUCGAAAAUUUGAAACCUGUGUUGCCAAACAGUGCUAUAGUGUGCCAAUCAUAACAAUUGAGGACUUUGCCAAACAGGUUUGCGAAAGAGCUCAAAAAUUCGAUAUGGAUUUAACGGGUGAGGGAGAGCAAAUUGUGGGCAAUAUAGAGGAAUCGUGUAAAGUUUAUUGCAAGACUAAAGCGAAUGGUACUAAAUCGAGAUCAUGGACCUUUCCGGAUGGUACUACUUGUCGUUCGAAACUCUAUGGAAAUGAAGAUCCCUCCUAUUGUAUUCAAGGUAGAUGUGAGAAAUUCUCCUGCGAUAAUUCUACGGGAAAUUAUUAUAAAAUCGAUGCAAUAUUUUGUAAGCGACAAGAUAAAUAUGAACAGAAUUCGGUGGAAAAUGAUACAAUAAGGAGAUCAUCAAAUCAUUAUAGUAAUCAUAUACCGGCUGUGGCCCCGUACACCAGCUAUGGGGAACGUAAUGAUAAUAAUAAAUAUCGUAAUAAUAUCAAUAGUAAUUAUUAUGAUCAUGAAAGGGGUGUUAGCAAUAGUGAACGCAUUUAUGGACCCACUACUAUCCGCAGCAAAUAUGAAAAUGAAGUGGCUUUGCGACCUUUUCAUGGUCAGUAUUCGAAUAAUAAUUCUUAUAAACGUAAAACGGACAACUAUUCACCUUGGAAUAAAUACAGUUAUCAUUUAAAUGAUCAUGUACCGGCUGAAUCUUCGCAACCAAAAUCUUCUUCACUUGUCUCUUCAGUGCGUGCGGAUAAUGGUGAUUGGAUUGUUAAAUCCGGUUGCCAUUCCAGUUGUAUGGUUAAAUCUCGGGGUAUCCAGGUGGUGGUAAAUCGUGAAACAGGCAUUCAAAAUAUUCAGCUGUGUACACAUUCGGUUAAGCCUUGUGAACGCCUACAAACCCCCACUGAGUACGCAGAUCACACCUGUUCACGGUAUAAACUUAAAGUACGAGGGCUAUCUGGUCAUGGUAUACAAAUUGCGGCCAGUGUUGAAGAUCCCGAUCGUAGUUGUCGUGUUGGUUGUCAAGAUGAAUUUAUACAUCAUCGUUUCUAUUUAGUGAAUGGUAAUUAUGGUCACUUCCCCCUGGGAACGAAAUGUUCCCAAAACGAAGAACGUUAUUGUGUUCAGGGUAAAUGUUUGGAAUUUGGUCCUGAUAAUAUACCCCUAAAGCAAUCUCAUAUCAGUUUAGCUCUGUUUCGUUCAAGACGUUCGUUAAAGAGAAACAGAAAUAAACAACACGCAAGAAAUAAGAGAAGUUUUCUUUUUUACGAUCCCGUUAAUAUAACGGAAACGUUAACGCAAGAAUUUAUUAACAAUAUCGUUAACAGUAUUAUAACAUUUGAAGAGAAACAUUUAAAGGAUGAUUCUCUUUUAAAUGAUCACAUCGAAUUUACAAAUCCUAUACAUUAUUCUAUGGAUGAACUGAAUGAAAAUUAAUUUCUAUUUAUUAAUUUGGAAUAUUUAUUGAUAUUUUUCUAGUAAUUUAAGGUUUUUAAACAUAUUUAGUUUUAAAUCUAUAUACAAUUAAACAUAUAAAUAUAUUUUGUUGUUAAGACGUGAUAUUUUAGUUCAUAACUAAUUGAAACAAAGAUGUAAUAUGUAGAUAACAAAAAGAAAAAAAUAUAUAUAUGCAGUAAUAAAUCAAUAUUAUUUUGAAA